AUGAAAUCGUCGAACCGAGUUCAUAUUCCGACCGGAGCAGUUUACGUUCUCCUGACAUCACUAAUGACAGCAUUUGUUGAUACUACUGCUAUUGAUGCUGCUGAUGAUACUGUUGCUGCUGCUGAUACUGCUGCUGUUGAUCAUGAUACUGCUGAUAUUGCCGCUGCUGUUGAUACUUCUGCUGCUAAUGUUGAUGAUGUUGCUGAUAUUGCUACCGCCGCUGCUGCUGAUAUUGUUGCUGGUGAUGAUACUGUUGAUGCUGCUGCUCAUUUUGCUGCUGCAGUUGAUAAUUCCAAUGCUACUAUUACUGAUGCUGCUGAUAUUGCUGCUGCUGAUAUUGUUGCUGAUGAUGAUACUUUGAUACUUUUGCUACUACUGUUUCUGAUUGCUGCUGAUAUUGCUACUGCUGCUGAUAUCGUUGCUGAUGAUGGUACUGUUGUGGCUGAUACAGCUGAUGAUGAUAUAGCUGUUGAUGAUAUUGCAGCUGCAGUUGAUGCUUCUGCGCCUACUGAUGGUGCUGAUAUUUCUGUUGCUGAUAAUGAUACUGCUGCUGAUAUUGCUGCUGCUGAUACUUCUGCUGCUAUUACUGAUGCUAAUGAUAUUGCUACUGCUGAUGAUACUGCUGCUGAUCUUGUUGCUACUGCUGAUACUUUUGCUACUACUGCUACUGAUGCUGCUGAUAUUGCUACUGCUGCUGAUAUUGUUGCUGAUGAUGAUCAUGCUGCUGCUGAUAAUGAUAUUGCUGCUACUGGUAUUGUUGCUGCUGGUGAUACUGUUGCAGCUGAUACUGCUGAUGAUGAUAUUGCUGCUGCUGAUAUUGUUGCUGAUGAUGAUACUGUUGCUGCUGCUGUUGACACUGCUGCUGAUAUUGUUGCUACUGCUGUUGAUGAUAUUGUUGCCGAUGAUGAUAAUGUUGCUGCUCCUGAUGAUACUGCUGCUGAUAUUGCUGUGCUGCUACUAAUACUUAAGGAAUAUUUGAUAGCAUCUACAUUAUUCGAUUCAUAUCUAUCUAUCUAUCUAUCUAUCUAUCUAUCUAUGUAUGUAUGUAUGUAUGUCAGUAUAUUUAAAUCUAUCUAUCUAUCUAUCUAUGUCAGCAUAUUUAAAUCUAUCUAUCUAUCUAUCUAUCUAUCUAUCUAUACGUAUGUAUCUAUGUUAGUGUAUUCAUUCAUAUCUAUCUAUCUAUCUAUCUAUCUAUCUAUCUAUCUAUCAUAUUUAAAUCUAUCUAUCUAUCUAUCUAUACGUAUGUAUCUAUGUCAGUGUAUUCAUUCAUAUCUAUCUAUCUAUCUAUCUAUCUAUCUAUCUAUCUAUCUAUCUAUCUCAUUCUGUUGGUUAUCUAUCUAUCUAUCUAUCUAUCUAUCUAUCUAUCUAUCUACGUAUGUAUCUAUGUCGGUGUAUUCUAUCUAUCUAUCUAUCUAUCUAUCUAUCUAUCUAUCUAUCUAUCUCAGUCUUUAUCUAGACGCACCAGUUGCUGAUCUGCUUUAUAUGUCUUCCCCAACUACCUUAAAACCGAAAUAUCUAUCUAUCUAUCUUUAG